GUUGUCUUUUCUUGUAUCAUGAGAGAACAAGUUGAUCGAAUUGAAAAAGCUUUAGCACUAGCUGAUAUGGUGGAUAGCUCAAGUGAAACUCUUAGGGGUUCUUUUUCGUUCAAAAAGAAAGUACAACACGGGUCUCGUUGUCCUGGUUGUGGGUGUUUACUACAGACAACAGACAAAGACUCCUUUGGUUAUGUUCCAGAAAUUGUAGAGUCCAAAGCACGAACUGCACUUUGUAAACGUUGUUUUCAACUUAUUCAUUAUGGUAAAUUGGAUGAGAAGCUAAGAUUACCCGCCGCAACUAUGGAGGAAUUAGUGGAAGCGGUAACUGGUACUGCGGGAAUAGUUCAAAAGCUUAAAACUCUGUUUUCUUCCUUAUCUAAAGAGAAGUUUCUUAUCCUACUUGUAUUGGACAUAUUUGAUUUAUGUGGCAGUUUAUUUUCUGGUAUUCAGAAUUGUCUUGCCAAUGCCGACCUUAUAAUCUGUGUGAACAAGAUAGACUUAUUACCUUCAGUAGAUUGUCAAAAGCUUGUUCCAUAUAUUAAGGAUACAAUGCAACGUAAAGGUUUAGAGAAUAUUCAAAGCGUUCGUUUUGUCUCGUGCAAGACUGGAAGAGGAAUUCAGUCUCUCCGAAGAGAGUUACUACAUAUUCCUCGUGGAAAGAGAGUAUUCGUGGUUGGAGUAGCUAAUGUUGGGAAAAGCAGUAUUCUAAAUCAACUAAAACUCUCAUUUCGAGAUGAAGUAAAGUAUCGAAGUCGACGAGAAUUGAAUCAUAAAAUGAAAAAGGCGCCGAAGACAUUAACUGAAAGUCAGUUGAAGGAUAUCGAAAAGAGUGCGGAAGAAGUGCCCAUUACCACAAGUGUGGUUCCAGGAACAACGUUGGAAGUGUUUCCAGUAAAGAUAGGCAAAGGAUACAAGAUAUACGAUACACCUGGCUUAUUUUUAAACAAUCAUUUGAGCCAUUUGCUAAGUACGGAAGAACUCAAAUUGGUAAUACCUCAAAAGAGUAUCAAACCUAUUUGCUUUCGUUUUCAGGAAGGGCAACAUUUAUUUUUGGGUGGCUUGGCACGCAUUCACUUUGUCGAAGGAAAGCCUUUCCAUGUUGUUGUGUAUGCAAGUUCCGAAGUUUCUAUUCAUAUAAGUUCUUGUAGAGAAGCUGAACAAUUUUUAUCAUCUCAUAUGUCACAGUUAUUGAAACCGCCAUUGGAUAAGAAUUGGAUUCAUCAAAUGGCAAUACAAUGGGAGACUAACAGAUUUUCCAUACAAGGAAAGGGUUGGAAGGAAAGUGCUGGAGAUAUAGCCAUUGCAGGUUUGGGCUGGAUAAGUUUUGUAGGUUGUGGAAAGAUGGAAGUAGAUUGUAUUGUUCCACGUGGUAUAAGAUUGGAACUUCGUGAUCCUUUACUUCCGCACGUUGUUUCGGAAAAGGGAGUUGUAAGGUGGGAAAGAGAAAGGACUAGUUGACGUUGCCUUAUGGAGUUAGAUAACUACAUUAUCCAAAAUAUUAAAGAUCAGUUUUAGGCACCUUUUACAGUUUUCUUAUGAAUGCUUCAUUUUACCGUUUCUGUGAGUGAAAUUGAAACAACUUCUCCGCUGUGACACGGAAACAAACUUUUGUAACUCGAGAGGAACUGUAAAAGGAGUGACGAACAACAGUUGGAAAGAAUCAUGCACUUAUAUUAAAAAGAAGUGUAGGUGUUCAAAAUAGCCAUACUGAAAGAGAAGCUGGGGGUAAGCUGCCUCUGCUCAAAAGAUGCGCAAGUCGUUAGGGAAACGUUUCUUUGUAAAACAAACUUUGAUUAGAAACAAGUUAAAUAUACAACGCAAUAGAAACAUAUUCGUUUCAAAACCAAGGCAAUAUUGCAAGGUUCAAAAGUAAACGAACAAUUCCUCAUCAAAGUAACGAA